AUGUCUUGCCGCUCCUACCGAGUCAGCUCUGGGUGCCGCAUGGGCAACUUCAGCUCUUGUUCUGCAGUGAGCCCCCAGAACCUGAACCGCUUCCGGGCCAGCUCUGUCUCCUGCAGGAGUGGGCCCAGCUUCCAGGGCCUUGGCAGCUUUGGUAGCCGGAGUGUCAUCGCUUUUGGAUCGUGCUCACCCCGGAUAGCAGCUGUGGGCCCUCGUCCCAUCCGCUGUGGAGUUGGCUUUGGUGCUGGCAGUGGGAUGGGCUUUGGCUUCAGUGAUGGGAGCAGUGCUGGUCUGGGCUUUGGGUCCAGCAGUUGUGUUGGUCUGGGAUUUGGAGCCGGCAGUGGUCUUGGCUAUGGCUUUGGCUACAGAGUUGGAGGAUUUGGAGUCCCAGCGGCCCCAUCUAUCACAGCAGUGACUGUUAACCAGAGUCUGCUGACCCCCCUCAACCUGGAGAUUGAUCCCAAUGCCCAGAGGGUGAAGAAGGAUGAGAAGGAGCAAAUCAAGACCCUCAACAACAAAUUUGCCUCCUUCAUUGACAAGGUGCGGUUCUUGGAACAGCAGAAUAAGCUCCUAGAAACCAAGUGGAACUUUCUCCAAGAGCAGAAAUGUGCCCAGAGCAACCUGGAGCCCCUCUUCGAGAAUUAUAUCACCAAUCUGCGGAGGCAGCUGGACCUAGCAAACAGUGACCGGGCCCGGUUUGAAGCUGAGAGGAACCACAUGCAGGAUGUCCUUGAGGGUUUCAAGAAGAAGUAUGAAGAGGAGGUGGGAUUCCGGGCCAGUGCUGAGAAUGAGUUUGUGGCUCUGAAGAAGGAUGUGGAUACAGCUUUCUUAAAUAAGUCUGAUCUAGAAACCAAUGUGGAUACCCUAACUCAGGAAAUUGACUUUCUGAAAACUCUAUACAUGGCGGAAAUCCAGUUGCUGCAGUCACACAUCUCAGAGACAUCAGUCAUCGUGAAGAUGGACAACAGCCGGGACCUGAAUGUUGAUGGUAUCAUCGAUGAAAUCAAAGCCCAAUAUGAAGAGGUUGCCAGGCGCAGUCGGGCUGAUGCUGAGGCCUGGUAUCAGACCAAGUAUGAGGAGAUGCGGGUGACAGCUGGACAACACUGUGACAACCUGCGCAACACACGGAAUGAAAUCAAUGAGCUGACCCGUCUGAUCCAGAGACUGAAGGCAGAGAUCGAGCACGCCAAAGCUCAGAGAGCCAAACUGGAGGCUGCAGUGGCCGAGGCAGAGCAGCAGGGCGAGGCGGCCCUCAAUGAUGCCAAGUGCAAGCUGGCGGAUCUAGAGGGUGCCCUGCAGCAGGCCAAGCAGGACAUGGCCCGGCAGCUGCGCGAGUACCAAGAGCUGAUGAACAUCAAGCUGGCCCUGGACAUCGAGAUCGCCACCUACAGACGCCUGCUGGAGGGCGAGGAGAUCCGAAUCUGUGAAGGUGUUGGACCAGUAAACAUAUCCGUGAGCAGCUCCCGGGGUGGUAUAGUGUGUGGGCCUGAGCCCCUGGUCGCCAGCUCCACACUCUCCCGCUGUGGAGUCACCUUCUCGGGCAGCAGUGGCAUCCGGCCCAGCGGCACCUGCAGCUCCAGCCUGGGUGGGGCCCGGGUCAUCAAGGCCAGUGGGGACCUGCUAAGUGCAGGCUCCCGGGGUGGCUCAGUGCUCAUGGGCGAGGCCCCCAGCACCCCCUGCCCGCUGCCCACCGAGGGGAAUUUCAGCAGCUGCAGUGGGGGCCGAAGUAGCCGCAGCUCCAGCGUCCGCUUCAUGUCCACCACCACCUCCCAUCGGACCAAGUACUGAGAGGCCAGCGUCAGUGAGCCACCGCCCAAGGAAGAGCCAUCUCAGUGUCACCUGCUUCUGUCCCAGAGACGUCUAGACUCUGGGUCAAAGGGGGAUCCAGCUACCACACCUGCCAGGAAGGCAACGCAGCUCUCCCCAGGGAUGG